GACGAAUGUUUCGCUAUGGAAAAUAGAGGGCAUAUCUUGAUCAAUCGUUCAGACGAUCUGAGUCUUGUCGGACUGGUUUUCAACAUUUUCUUCAGCAACAUGUUUUCUACGAUAAUGCGAAGGAUCUCUUGUUUUAAAAAUAUACCUUUUGUGGAUUUUUCAACUUCUGCACGUUUCAGUCGGACGUACAAUGAACCAUUAUCGGGCCAUGAAAUGCCACGAGCUGGUGGCAUUGCUUCGAUGAUGAGACUACCAAUUCAAAAUGACAGCGAAGGUCUUGAUGCCUGUUUUGUUGGAGUACCUCUAGAUGUCGGCACAUCAAAUAGGUCUGGUACAAGGUAUGGACCACGACAGAUACGCUGCGAGUCUUCUCUUAUUAGAAAGGUCAAUAUUGCCACAGGUGCUUGUCCAUUUGAUUCAAUGCAGGUAGCAGAUGUAGGCGAUGUGAACUUGAAUCUUUACAACCUUCCAAAAGCAUGUGACGAUAUUCGUAAACACUUUGUAAAAAUUAUUGGCAAUGGCUGUAUCACUCUGGCAAUGGGUGGCGAUCAUACAAUGACCUAUCCCAUUCUACAGGCAAUCAAAGAGAAGUAUGGACCAGUUGGUUUGGUACAUGUUGACGCUCAUUCUGAUACCAAUGAUUCAAUGCUUGGAGAGAAGAUAGCUCAUGGUACGCCAUUCAGGAGAGCGUUUGAAGAGGGAUGUCUCGUCGGUAAUAAAGUUAUACAGAUAGGCUUGAGAGGCACCAACUAUCACCUAGAAGACUAUGAUUGGGCAAAACAACAAGGUUUCAGAGUUGUAGAAGGUCAUGAAUGUUGGCAUAAAUCAUUGUCUGGCCUAAUGGAAGAAGUGAGAGAGAUGAUGGGGAACCAUCCAGUGUAUCUUUCCUUUGAUAUUGAUGCCCUGGAUCCCAGCUUUGCACCAGGAACAGGUACUCCAGAGAUUGGGGGUUUGACAUCCAUUCAGGGAUUGGAGAUAGUAAGGGGUUGUAGGGGACUCAACAUAAUUGGAGGUGAUUUAGUUGAGGUUUCUCCGCCCUACGAUUUCCAGGGAACGACGGCACUUACUGGAGCUAAUCUACUCUUUGAGAUGCUUUGUAUUCUACCUAAGGUCAGGUACGGCCUAAAGUAAUGUGAUCCAAAUUGUGCAGGCUGGUCACCGAAGCUGAUUCAUUAUUAUUAUACAUAUUCAGGAUAUAGAAGAUGGAAAGAAGUUUGGGAAAAGUGGAUGCAGAUAAAUUCAAUAUUGAAGUAUUAUCUUUUGUACUAAAUGUCUUUUUUGCUAUAUCUCUAUCUCUGUGUCAAUUAAAAAAAUUACAUUUCUUAUGCUUAAAGUGUAAUAAGCACAGUUUAACUGUAUUAAGCAUCCAAUUAAAGGAUUGGUCAAAUUUGACGCUUAUAUCAGAUGGUUGUUUGUUGCAGGUCAUAUUUAUUUUACAUAUGAUAUGUUCGUAUAGUAAAAGGGCUGCUUAAAGGAGGCACUUGUUCAGUAUACAGAUACACAGUCAAACCUGUUUAUAAAGAUCACCCUUGGUAGAGUCAAACACCCCAACCCUUUUAUCUACCCCUUACCCAUUUUUGUAGUUUGCAUAUAACUAAAAUGUACUUGUUGUUGGAUUUUUAGCUCACAUGAGCCAAAGGCUCAAGGUGAGCUUUUGUGACUGCUCGGUGUUGUCCAUCGUGUGUCAACAAUUUCUAAAAAAAUCUUCUUCAAAACCACUGGGCAGUUACACCAUACUUUACAGAAAUGGUCCUUGGGUGGCCUCCUUUCAAAAUUGCCCAAAGAAUUGAAAUCCAUGCAGAACUUUUGUUGACAUGGCAAAGGAAAAUAUUUAAUAAUCUUAUUGUCAGAAACUGUUUGCCAGAUUUCAAAAAUAUUUUGUAGAAAUGAUCUCUAGGUGACCCGCUACCAAAAUUGUCUAAGCUGUUCUAUUUCGGUAAAAACCAUGGCCGCCAGGGGGCGGGGCUUAUUUUCCAUAUAUGGUUAUAUUGUAAAUUUCAAAAAUCUUCUUCUCUAAAACCUGAAGACCUAGAGCUUAGAUAUUUGGUAUGUGGCAUUGUCUGGUGCAGUUUUACCAAGAUUGUUCAAGUUAUGAUCCCAGGGCCAGUAUUGGCCCCGCCCCAUGGUCCCUCGUAUUUACUUAGAGUCCUAUAGGAAAAACAUAAAAAAAAUGUUCUUCUCUUAAAAUGAGAGGCACACAGCUUAGAUAUUUUACAUGUAGCAUUAUGUAGUGGUCCUUUACUAAGAAUGUUCAAAUCAUGACCCAGGGUCCAUUUAAAGCCCCGCCCUUUGGUCACAUAGUUUUUAUAUGAGUUACAUAGGAAAAAAUACUUAAAAAAUUAUCUGAUCAUAUUUCCUAGACGGUUUAAUUAUAGUUACCUGAUGACUCCAAGUAAUUAGGGUCACUUGACCUACUUUCUUGUUUUUUAAGAUACAGCCUUGAAAUUUUGAUGACAUAUACAGUUUUGCACACAAAUCUUAAAACUGAUUUUCAAUGACCAUGAAUGUGACCUACUGACCUACUUUCUUAAUAUUUUAGCAUCAGUUUGACAUUUGAAAGAUGUUCACACAACUGGGAAAAGAUUUCAGUGCUAACUUAUAUUUGACUUUCUUACCUGAUCUCUUACACUUGUCCAUGUAGCUCAAAUUACUCAGGUGAGCGAUCCAGGGUCAUCAUGACCCUCUUGUUUAAGCAACCCAUCUGCUAUAGUUUUCUGUUAUUGUAUUGUUUGUUGUGAGCCUGCUUUGCGACGCAUGGCCCUAUGGCUGUGUUUUUGGUGCUCUGUGCUUCCAGGAAAUCUACCCUUUCCUUUUAUUUUUUACUGGUUAAAAUACACUGUAAGUGUUAACCCUUAUGCUGGACACGAUUGAUUCUGCCUUUUCGUCCAGUGUAGAUCAUGAUCAGCCUGCACAUCCAUGCAGUCUGAUCAAGAUCUUGACUGUUCCCCAUUCAGUCAGAAUCUUUUAACAGUUAAUGGUACUGACCAAAUUGAAAGAUGGAGAAGUUCAUUAUAGAAAUUUAGCAGGGUAAGCGCUAAGAUAGGAAACAAAACAAGGUGUCUUAAGAGCAAGGUGUUUUCUGUUUAGAGGUGAUCUUUAACAUAGGUUUGGCUGUAUAUGCUUGCAGUAGGUGACUGCUAAUACAAGUUAAACUGUAUCUGAAGAAGUGACACAAAUCAGUAUUAUCACAAAGUUCCUCAGGAAUAGUUUUGCUAUUAUUAUGUGAUUUACAAAUGUUCAUGUAGUUCUAGUCAGAUUUUUUAACCUAAAAGUCUAUUUUAAUCAGAUUUUCAUUUUGAUUUCUAGUCAAAAUCAUAUUUUCAUUUUGAUUUCUUAGCAUUUCUAGCCCAUAUCAGAUUUUAGAACCAUUUGAUAAACAGGAUUUUGUUACAUUUUGGGGUAUGAUCAUCGUUUAUUCAUAGGUAAUAUGCCAUCAUUUCUCUUGUCAGCCUAUAUGUAAGCCAUUUAAUCCUCCAUUUUAAAUAUACUUUUCAUUUAAAAAGUGUUCUUGUAAAUAUUGGUAGUUUUAAAGAAUUUUUUGUUUCAUUUUUCAUGGGGUUGUGAUCAUUGUAUUUUUAGCUCACCUGUCACAUAGUGACAAGGUGAGCUUUUGUGAUCACCUUCGUCCGUCGUCAGUCCGUCUGUGCGUGCGUCCGUCAACAAUUUCUUGUCUGCACGAUUGUGGUUUCAUUUAUGAUUUUAUUUUAAUCAAACGUGCACACAACUUGUAUCACCAUAAGAUCUCGGUUCUUUCCUUGAACUGGCCAGAUCCCAUUAUGGGUUCCAGAGAUAUGGCCCCUGAAAGGGCCAAAAUCAGCUAUUUUGACCUUGUCUUCACAAUAGCAGCUUUAUUUAUGAUUUGAUUUUUACCAAACUUGCACACAACUUG